UUUUACGGUCCACGAAAUUCACGGCUCACGAAUUUUUGUUUCUCGGUCGUGCUUUCGUGUCUGGUGUCCUGUUGGCCUGUUUGUGAAUGCCCUUGCCGUGACUGGUUUUGCCCUCGUCCUGCUCCCGGAGAACUGGUUCUCCGUUCCUUUUUCUUUGUGGGCCAACCGAGCUCGAGGGAAGAUAUUUUUGGACACCAAGCCACGCGACCGCCGUCCGCUUCCACCGUCUUCGCGUCUUCUACGAACAAUAGAGUGACAAAAUGUUCAUCUGGGACUGGUUCACCGGGGUUCUGGGUUACCUAGGACUGUGGAAGAAAUCGGGAAAAUUACUAUUCCUGGGACUGGAUAAUGCGGGUAAAACGACACUGCUACACAUGCUGAAGGAUGACCGACUGGCACAGCACGUCCCAACGCUGCAUCCAACGUCUGAGGAGCUUUCGAUAGGCAAUAUGCGCUUCACCACAUUCGAUCUCGGCGGACACACGCAAGCACGACGCGUUUGGAAGGACUACUUCCCGGCAGUGGAUGCAAUCGUGUUUCUGAUCGAUGCCUGGGACAGAUCGCGCUUCACUGAGAGCAAAAACGAACUCGACUCCCUACUAACGGACGAGGCGCUGUCGAACUGUCCGGUACUGAUCCUCGGCAACAAGAUCGAUAAACCGGGUGCAGCGAGCGAGGACGAGCUGCGCAACUACUUCGCCCUGUACCAGCUGACGACCGGCAAGGGCAAAGUGGCCCGCUCCGAGUUACCGGGUCGUCCUCUCGAGCUGUUCAUGUGCUCGGUGCUGAAGCGGCAAGGUUACGGUGAAGGUUUCCGUUGGUUAGCCCAGUACAUCGACUAAUACUACGACCGUUUGCUCACCACCACCACCACCACCACACAAGCGCCCACCACCAUCCUUCCUUUCUUCCUUGCGAUCACCUUCGCCUCCUUCUGCAACUGCUAGCGAUCGUUUUACUCUGCUCUUUCCCCCUCACUCGAGGGGAGGGAUGUGUUUGCGGGUUCUUAAAAGGCAAAAAUACAAACCAACCUGUGGAAAUCCGGA